CGGUAAUGCACCGAGUAGCUGCUGAAAAACCAAAGAAGAAGAGCGGACAGACGACCCGAAGCAGAUGGCGGUGACGACAAAGUAGUCUUAUUGAAAAACAGUCAAACGCUUGAAAUUGUCGAUUUAAAAAAAGAGACAAUUUGACAAGAAAAGAGAAAUUUCUGGGCUGUUUGAAAGAAGGAUGGCGUCGGGCGAGGAGGAAGUUUCUCGAAUAAGAGAGAAGAACGAGCGACAGCAACAACCGGAGCUUUGCACGACUUCCACUGUGCUACACGCUCAAGACGUCCAGCAGCUAAUCGGUCAUCAAGAAGAACGUCCUCUACAGGGGGGGAGCGCCGCUUUGAAGCUGGAAGACCCCCAGGAAGAGGAGGAGCUCUGGAUCACUCAUGAGGGUCUUCAAAGGCGGGAGGAGGCUGAUCGCAGCAAGUUGCCGCUGACCGGUGUCUCUGUGAAGACCGAAGAGCGUGAAGACAAAGCACACGUCCAGCAGCUGGUUGGUCAUCAAAAAAAACAUCCCCGUCAGCCGCAGGGGGGGAUCUCCACAUUGAAGCAGGAGGAUCCCCAGCCUGCCCAUGUUAAAGAGGAAGAGGAGGAACUCUGGGCCUCUCAGGAGGAAGAGUGUCUUGUAGGGAAUGAGGAGGCUGAUCUCAGCAAGUUCCCACUGACUGGUGUCUCUGUGAAGACUGAAGAGCAUGAAGACAAACCACCUCUGUCCUCACAGCUUCAUUACAGUUCAAAUGACGAGAACGGAGGGGCGGAGCCUCCAAGCGGCAGAUCACCACAACGCAUGACAACAGAAGCUGAGGGAGACCACUGUGGAGCAUCACAAGCAGACAAGCUCUUAGCGCCGCUGUCAGAUAGUGAUGACGCAACGUCAUGCUCUCCUGAGGAUGAAGACGGGGACGACACCCGAGAAGCUUUGAGCAGCGAUCCAGACUGUGAAGGUGACAUGAGGACUCACGCUGACAAACGCUCCAGACGCUCUGGAAAGAAAAGCGGUAAAAAACGUUUCACCUGCUCAGUUUGUGCUAAAAGCUUUUUCUAUAAGAGCUAUUUAGCUCGACACGUGCAGACGCACGCCAGAGAAAAACCUUUCACUUGCUCAGUUUGUGGUCAAGGAUUCGCUCACAAGUCCUCUUUGGUAUCACACAUGAGAACACACACCGGAGAAAAACCUUUGAGUUGCUCAGUUUGUGGCCAAGGAUUCUCUGUGAAGUCACGUAUGCUAUCACACAUGAGAACGCACACAGGAGAAAGACCUUUCAGGUGCCCCGUUUGUGGCGACACAUUUUCUUGUGGGUCGUCUUUAAAUAGACAUAGGAGAACGCACACAGGAGAAAAACCUUUUAGCUGCUCGAUUUGUGGGCAAGGAUUUUCUCAGAAGUCAAAUUUGCCAUCACACAUGAAAACGCACACAGGAGAAAAACCUUUUAGUUGCUCAAGCUGUGGCAAAAGCUUUGCAAAAAAGGUAAAUAUGGUAUCACACAUGAGAACACACACAGGAGAAAAACCUUUCAGUUGCUCAGUUUGUGAUAUGGAAUUCUCUCACAAGAUAACCAUGCUGGCACACAUGAGAACGCACACUGGAGAAAAACCAUUUCAUUGCCCAGAAUGUGAUAAAAAAUUCACCCGCAAGGCAAACAUGAGGUCACACAUAAGAAAACACUCAGGAGAAACCCAUUUUAGUUGUUCUGACUGUGGCAAAAUCUUUGCUGAGAAACGAAAUCUGGUAUCACAUAUGAGGACACACACAGAAGACACACAUUUCAGCUGCUCGAUCUGUGGCGAUGCUUUUGCUCUAAGUUCCUCUUUGUGGAGACACAUGAGCACACACAACACAAAUACGGUAUCACAUGUCUAAACACACACGGGAGAAGAAACCUUCUCGCUGCUCAGUCUGUGGUUCUACAUUUGUCCCCCUUUGUAUGGACAAAUCAUGGUGAGCAGUCCAGGAUGUUGUCUUACUUGGGCAGAUAUACACCAUUGUACCUUAUCCAGGAUGCAAUUACAACAGAAUAGGACAGGCUUUGUUGUCAUUACUCCGACAAAACGUGAAGGACACAAUGUUGCAAGUGAACCAAGGGAUUGUGUAUGCAAACGGACUUGAUGGACUUGAUGACGUAAUUGUCUGUGAUGAGUCAAAUGUCCGUGAAACAUUUGCAGUAAGUCAUGAAUCAUCAUGAAAAGCAUGUUCACAACUUGCAUGUUCCUUUGCAGUUGCACAGAGGGAGUGAGGGAGGAGCUUGUCUGCGCACGCGUGUAAUGUGUGCAUGUGCAUGUGUGUGUGUGCCGUGCAACUGAGGCGGAGAAAUGGAACUUUGCUUUAUGCAGAACUGAUGUCUACGACCUACAGUAUAUAAUAGCAUGCUCUCACACAAAUCACUUUACGCAGGAGAAGUAGACGGCUUUUCUUGUCAAACGUAGAAGUUGUAGAGGGUAGUUUAUGCUCUGCGCAGCUCUCUGUCUUGUAUCUUGUAUCCCAGCUCUCUGGCAACACUGCAAACUUCCCCAACUCUUAUUCAUCUUCAUCCUUCCUUGAAAUGAGCCGAGCGUAAAAGUGACCACCUCGAUGCCGGCUUUUUUGACCAGAUCUUUACAACGUUUCCGGCUUUUGGCCGACCACGGUGAGCCGUGCCAUUACCGCACUCUCCCGUGACACAAAGUCUUGGCGUUUCCUCCAAAAAUUCAUCCUCACAGCAACCAACCUGACCUAACUAACCAUCCAUCCAUUUUCUAUGCCGCUUAUGCUGGAGCCUAUGCCAGCUGACUUCCGGCGAGAGGCAGGGUACACCUUGGACUGGUGGCCAGCCAAUGGCAGCGCACAUAUAGACAAACAACCAUUCACACUCACAUUAGACCUUUUAACCUAUCAUACUUGUUUUUUGGAAUGUGGGAGGAAACCGGAGUACCGGAGCACGGGGAGAACAUGCAAACUCCACACAGAAAAUGCCCAGCGGAGAUUCAAACCCUGAUCUUCCCGAUCUCCUGACUGUGUGGCCUGUGUGCUAACCACUCAGCUGUGCUAACCACUCAGCCACCUUGCGGAAAAUGUUUAGAAGAUGGACCACUGCUAAGCUAAGAUGGUGACGUCCAGUCCAAGAGAAGGUGGAAGAGAACCAGCGCCACCAACUCCCAGCAAAUCAUCAACGGAGAAAAAAACCCAGACUGCAGAUAACGGUGAGCGAACCAAAGUUUCCAACAACGUCUUUUUUUCUUAAACCCUGAAAAGGGAGUUGAUGAGAAGUUAGCCGACCAUGCCGAGCAAGUCCAACAAAGACCCGCCAAGAUCGUUAGCUUGGCGAAGUCAGCGGAGUUCAAGUCGAAAGAGAUGAAAACAUGAAGAAACGGAGAGAUUCAGAGGAGUCAGAGCUCUGCAGUGUGCAAAGAGAACAUUUGGCUUCCAUAGAUAGACAGAAAGAUAGAUACUGUAAGUACUUUAUUCAUCUCCAAGAGAAAUUCACAUUUCCAAAAAUGUCAUAGCAAACUCAAUCACUUAAAAAGAAAACAAGGCAAGAUAGGAGAGAUACUGUAAGAGCAUAGAAUACGAAUAACUUCAUGCGCAACAGAUGCAUAAUAAGGUACUAAGUCCAGAGAAAUGAUCUGCUGAGUCUACUAGUGGCCAGGAUGGUGAUAGUAAUCUGCCACGGAAACUGCUCUUCUGUAGGGAGAUGAUGCUGGUUGUCCGGGAUGGAACGGAGCCUCCUCAGUUUCCUUUGUUCUGCCACAGAUGUCGGGCUGUCCAGCUCCGUGCAGAUGACACAGCCUGCCUUCCUCACCGGUUUGUCCGGGCGUGUGGCGUCCUUUCCACAGAAGGAGUUGGAGACGAGGAAAAGACUGUUGCUGGUAAUUGAACAAGCAAGAAAGGCUGGGAAACUGCCCUACAUUAACGUGCAGAGGGUUGGAGGUAAUUAAGAGCAACAAUCUUUUUGCUGGGAAAAAUUGGUUUCGGAAGUUCUCCAGGGUGACAGAUAAAAGAACACGAAAGUCACCAAAGCAAAUUUUAACCAUUUUCAUUUUUGUUUUGUAACACAUUUCCAGAAGAGAGUGUAAGUCACAGAGCUGAUGGAUAUGCUCGCUGAUCUAUUAAAAGUCAAUUCCUCAUAAUUAUGAAUGAAUUCAAACUCUAAAUGAUUAGAAGCUUAAAUUCAUGAGGAAACUAAAUGGCAAUAUAGAAAGAAAGAAAGAAGAUCUGGUUAAGAUCCAGAAAAUGUGCGGCUGCAUUGCAAUGAAUGGGGUUGAAAAAUGAAAGUGAUUACAAUUUAAUCUUGAUGCGUGAUUAUGUAUAAUUUAGGGGUGCAAAAAUAGGACAACACGCUCGUGCCACCCACGCAGAGGACGAAGAAGGAAGCGGAUGGAUUGGCACGGGGGGAUUGAAGAGGCGAGAGAAAGCGGCAAGGCAGCGGAUGAGAAGGAAAACAAAAUGAAGAAAACAGGAAAUGUGGCUUGUAACGCAACACUUACGUACCACAACAGCUCAUCUCAUACGUCUGCAUCAUCUCCUCCUGAAUGGAGCGGAAGAUCCGAGACAGGGUAACGUUAACGGAGCGCAGAUCAGUGAGAUGAAGGUUAGCGUACCUUACUAACAUGACCAUAGCCGCGUGGAAAGCCCGCCUUCUCUUAAUUAUGACUACUGUCCAAUGUUUGGCAGAUUAUUACCAUGGUAACGUGAUUACUUUUGGUGUGCUAACUUACAGCGCUGUGACUGGUGGUUCUGUUUUAUUGAUCUUAUAUUAUCUGAAGCAGAGGAAAAGCAACAAGUUCAGUGUUCAAUACUGAGUUCAGUGCCUCAGUGUCAUUUUAUUUUGGUUUCCCAAUCACGGCGCUGCCUCGGUUAACAUCCGCCCCCGGUUAGCGCACUUUUUGGUGAACAUCCAAAAUUAUUGCUAAAAUUUUGCCUUGGCUUCGCCGUUCGGCCGCUUGUUUAGCAUCCAAAAUACCAUCCAGUAUGUUUACGUCGCCAUCGUGGCGACGUAAACAUUUUAGGCCAUCACGGCGCAUGGAGGGUGACACUCGCUGUUUCUGCCUCAUUUGACAUCCAUAACACUCAUUUCUGCUUCUGACUGCAAAACAUAAGCAUUCAGACUCAACGUAGCAUGUCUGCGGCAGGUGGAGUCAAACAUAGUGUUGCAUCCGAAGUGUCGGGCGUCUGGAAGACUCCCAAACUUAACCCUAACAUGAGCAACAACAGCAACUUCCACGAUGUCACUGCCGCCAGCGGCUUGUUUUUUUUUUUUUUUCAUUUUCAAUAUUAAAUGGCAAGGUACAUGUUGACUAGUUCUAGAACGUUGAUAUUUAGUUUUUACAUUUUUGCAAAUUGUGCUUGCAGCAGAAUAACGUGUUUUAUUUUGUUGAUUGAUGUGGUUUUUUCUUAACAAAACCAGGUAAAAGUGAUCUUAAAUGCCAAAUUGUCCAUUCAUUUGUCACCAGUUUAGCAUCAUGUUCUGCAUGUAAAAUUAUAAUUGUAUUAUAAAAUGUCUUUUGUGUUGA